CAUUGUCAGGCUUGUUAAAUAUGUUGUCUCAUCCAUAAACCGUUUAUAUAGUGUACUUUAUUCUUUACCCAUCAAUUGGCACUUGUUUGGAUUUCAUUAUGAGCAGGAUAAUUGCGUGACAAUCAGCGAAAAUCAUCGUUUAAACAUGGGUCGAAUAAAGAUAAUUGGUAUGAAAUGGACAUUGUUAAAUCUGGAUUUGGUCACGAUGAAUCUGAGUUGGAAACAGCUACACUGGAUAAAGCUACAUUCACUAAACCUAAUAGGAUAGAGAAGAAAGAUACAUUGGAUAGCAAAACUUUGUCUAAAACAUUUGGAAAAACAACGCUGGAUAAAUUUGCUGUGCACAACGCUACUGUGGAUAAAGAAAUAUUGGAGAAAACUAUAUUAAAUAAAGCCACACUGAUUAAACGUACUAUUAAUAGAUUAGAUAAAGAAAUAUUGGCGAAGCUUCCAAUGCAAGAAGCUACCUUAGAUAAGUGGAAACUAUUUCAACCUACAUUAGAUAAACUUAAUUCGUAUACGACCAAAAAACUCAAUGAAUCCGAUAAAUCCGAAACAGAUGAAUCUAAAGUGAUGCCUAAAAACGGUACCAAGCCGGUUCGCCCUCGCCCUUUACCGCAGCCGAUGUCCGAAUCAAUUGGCAUUCAUUGUUACAAGUGCUCAAGUGAUCAUCGUGGAUCUUGUGCACUGACAGAACAAAAAUCUCAAUACAGUGAAUUCAAUGUUAUGUGCAAGGUUACAAAAAAGGACAGUGGCUGCUAUACAACACUUGAUCGGCACACCAGAAUUAUCACAAGAGGUUGUCUCUCCGUUAUGUCUCAAUCAAUGGAGAAAUAUUGCCGAAAAGAAAACGAACUUUGCGAGAUUUGUUUUAAUAAUUUAUGCAAUAUUGAAAAGGCUCCUGAAAUAUCAGAAGACUCAGAGCGAGAUAAAUCACAAUCACUACGAGGUAGUUUUGUCCUCUGGCUAAUCUGCGUUUCAGCUUCACUAAGUCUUGCUUUUGGAUAA